AUGCAAAGUAUAUCCUUGGCGGAUCCACUUCCAACAAAAGUCGAAAAUUCCAAUGCCGAUAUUCUAUUGGGCAAUGAAUAUUAUGGUCAAUUUACGAUACCCGAACGUAUCAAAACCGAUAAGCAAUUUGGAUUUCUCAAACAAGAUGACAAUCUAAGUUCACAAGUCGACCUCAAGGAAUGGUGGUCGCUUGACACGAUUUGUAUCAAGGACAAAAUCGAUUGUCCGGAUGAAGAAGUUGCUUUGAAACAAUUCAAUGAAACUAUACAAUUUCAAGAUCAACGUUAUUUUGGUCAAUUACCAUGGCGUAACGAGAAAAUUGAUUUACCUAACAAGAAAUAA